CAUCAGGAUGCUGCUUCUUUCUUUGCCCCAAGAAAUCCUCGUGCUUAUUGCAAGACAGCUACGGACUAUCGACUUCAUUCCCUGUUUGCAAGUGAAUCGCAUGCUUUACCGUCUCCUCAUAUAUGAACUAUGUAAACGAGACGUUAGCGACAAUGGCGGUCUGGCCAUGUCCUUUUAUGCGUUCUGGGGCUAUGAGACCCGGGUACUCGAUAUGAUUGCCGCGGGGGCUACUAUUGAUCUUCCCCACCCACGAUGGAGAGACAGAACACCUCUAAUGCUUGCUAUAAGCCGACACCAUGUAUCAAUCGCCAAGGUCUUACUCGACCAUGGAGCUAAUCCAAAUUUCACUGGAGAUGUUAAAAAUAGCCCCUUGGAUAUUGCCAUUCUAAACGCAAGCGGAACUGAUUUUACCAUGAUAGCAUUGCUAUUGGACUAUGGGGCCAAUAUCAAUCAAAGAGGAUAUCAAGGCCGCACCCCGCUAUACACAGCUAUUCUUCGCCAAGACCCUGCCAAGGUGGCUUUCCUUCUUUCUCAAGGAGCCGAUGUGUCUGUACGAGAAUCAAAGAAAGCACGAACCCCACUCUUAUUCGCGCGUGGAGAGCGAAGCUCGCAUGAAAAUGAUGAAAUCGUAAAGAUGCUUUUAGAUGCGGGCUCUGAAGAGGCCUGACAAGUCCUAUCAGACACCAUACACAUCCAUUUUAGUGUAUAAUAGUAAAUUAGAGUUUGAAAGGCAAUCUACAUACCUGUAUGUUUGGUAUGGAAGGACUGUACCAC